AUGAAGUUUGGGCACAAUCUUGCGCGCAAUCAGGUUCCCGACUGGGCUGCAUCUUACAUCAAUUACAAGGGCUUGAAGAAGCUCAUCAAAUCCGCGACCGAGGCAGCAAAGGACGGACAAGACCCCGACCUUGCAGAAUUCUUCUUCCGCCUCGAUCGCAACCUCGAAGAUGUGGAUAGUUUCUACAAUAGGAAAUACGCAGAGACAGCUCGGCGGCUGAAACUGCUUCACGAUCGCUAUGGGCGAGCUCCACGCGUGCCCGAAGGCAUAGACCAAGAUGAGGCGGGAGACCUAAUGGGCGCGCUCCUCGAGCUGCGCGGUCAGCUGCGUAAGCUGCAAUGGUAUGGAGAAGUAAACAGAAGAGGGUUUGUCAAGAUCACCAAAAAGCUCGACAAGAAGAUCCCUCGUGUUUGCACGCAGCAACGCUAUCUUGCUUCCAGGGUGGACCCAAAGCCGUUCGCAAACAACAGCAGCCUUUCUGAGAACAUGGCGGCGAUCAAUGACUGGCUGUCCGCCCUCGGAGACGCUAAAACUUUCGACGAUGCUGGAUCCGUCAAAUCAGUGGCAUCGAUGCGGAUGGUGUCGUCGAGAGCUAUUCUGAAUCUUCCGCCGGGCCUUCUCGAUACCGUGGACCAAGCAAUCCGCAAUGACGAUGCCUCAAUUUUAGCGGAGCUACUCCACGAGAGCAACAGCGAUGAAGACCGUCUCGGUUCCUCAUUCCAGCAACUGUUGCUUAAUUUGUUGCAGCGUUCCAUUUCCUGCAGAUCCAAAGCCUGCAUCGACAAGCUCCUCCCGCAGAUUGUGUCCCUAGACGAGGAGGAUGACCUGAACAGCCGCAAUUGUAUCCACAGGCUUGUCAUCAGUAUCGGCCGGUCAAAGACGCACGAGGCACAGCAGGGCCCUGGUUCAUCCCUCCAACUCCCUGUCGAAGGCACCAAUUUCAUCGUUCCUGCCGAGUCACCUAUUCUCUUACCCCCGGCAUGGACCAAGACCGAGCAAGAAUCGACCAGGCUUCUGAGCCUGGACGACGAGUCCGUUCGCUUCCUGACGUAUCUUCUCGCCAGACUUGAACUUCACCAACGCGCCGCGCUUCAAGCCCGUGAUUCCUAUGGAAGACUGCCAUUGCACUAUGCUGCCCAAUAUGGCUUCGUCGUGGUUUGCCAGGUCGUCAUAAAGUACAUGCAGGAGUGGGAUCAGUUUGAUGUGUCCCAAGGCAUUGAUUCGGAGCUUUGGCAAGACUUGGAAGGCUUCGCGCCUCUCCAUCUCAGUGUAAUCGGUGGGCAUCCCCUGACCACGAAAACACUUCUUCAGGCCGAGGACUGGCGCGGAGAAAGCAGCGAUAGGAUGUCGUCAAGAAAAAAUGUGUCCAAAUCUGGUGCGGUCCUCGCCCUUGCAACUCAGUCCAAUUUCUUCGCGAUUGUACGCCUAUUGGUGGAUGCGGGAGUCGAUGUAAAUUACCAGGACGAGCAGGGCGAGACUGCGUUACACGUUGCUGCCCGCUUCGGUCAUCGUGAAUGUGCAGAGGCACUAGUAAGCGGCUCUGAGAAUCAGAAGACGGACGUCGAUAUACCAGAAAAGACUUUCUCGUGGACGCCAAUUUUCAUCGCCUGUGUGGACGGCCAUCUGCCUAUUGUCGAGCUACUUAUUGCUGCCGGCGCUGACCUUGAGCGACCCGAUCUCUCCGGUUGGACUGCAAAGGAACACGCCGCUCUCCGUGGGUACUUAGAGAUUGCCGAGAGGCUCGCAGAAGUCAGUCCUACUCGAGCUCUGCCGACUUCCGACACUUCAUCAGCUCGAUCUGCGUCACCUCCAAGUGCCUCUUCCCUAGACGACAGACGGUCCAACAAUCUCCUUAGGGAAACUCAAGCCGUGCGAAUCCCCGAACCUGUCAAGGCGUUUGGGCAUCGCUAUCUUACGAAAGAAACCAUGGUCCUUGUCAGCCUGGGCUCCAUGGAUAUCAGGAAGGAUGUCGCAGCCGUGCAGCUCGACAACAUUCCGCUUUCUGAUGCCCAUUCCACCCAGCUCGAUACUGCCUUGUCUGUCGUCGUGUCUGCAACAGGCGCGACUGGCGAACCUACCGUCAUCGAUCUUCCCGUGCAAGAGAACAUAUGUACAGAUCCUAUCACGUUCAUGACAACAAAUGCUACGGGCGUGAAGUUGCUCUUCGACAUUGUACCGACAUAUGCGGGUUCAAAGGACCGCAUCGUCGGCCGGGCGGUCGCACUUCUUUCCAGCAUCAAACCGAGUAUUGGGUCGAACAGAAUUACCUUGCAGGGCGAUGUGAAAGUGCCCAUCAUUGCUGCCGCGACGUUAGAGGUUAUUGGAUCCGUCAAUUUCAAUUUUCUUAUUAUUACGCCGUUCACGCAUCCCAAUAUGUCUAUCACGGAACAACAUACAUAUUGGAAGAGUAUGACAUCAACAAUGGUUAUCGGACAUCGAGGUCUGGGCAAAAACAUGGCUUCCAGGAAAUCCUUGCAACUCGGCGAAAACACCCUCCAGUCUUUCAUUGCUGCAGCAAAUCUUGGCGCGUCUUAUGUUGAGUUCGAUGUCCAGUUGACGAAAGACCAUGUUCCAGUCAUUUACCAUGACUUCUUGGUCAGCGAGACCGGAAUUGACGCUCCUGUACACACUCUCACAUUGGAGCAAUUUCUGCAUAUAAGCGAGCACCAGACCCCAAGAUCUUCUCGGGCGCCAUCGCCAGACGAUGCUAGGAGUGCACAAGUUGGCAAGGGAGUUCGAUCGUCUCAGAGACGUCCACGAUCAUACUCUAUGGACACAUCCAAUCAAAGCCACACGGUAGAUCUGGCUGAACGGAUGAAACACACUCGUGACUUCAAGAUGAAGGGCUAUAAGGGGAACAGCAGGGGCACCUUCAUCCAGGCUCCAUUCACGACCCUAGAGGAGAUGUUCAGGAAGCUCCCCGAAUCCACCGGUUUCAACAUAGAGAUGAAAUAUCCAAUGCUCCACGAAUCCGAGGAGCACGAAAUGGACACUUACGCGGUUGAGCUCAACUCAUUUGUCGACACAGUCCUUAAAACCGUCUACGACCUUGGCAACAAACGCAACAUAAUUUUCUCUUCUUUCAACCCUGACAUCUGUCUUAUGCUGUCCUUCAAGCAGCCCUCCAUCCCGAUACUGUUCUUGACCGAUGCUGGAACUUCCCCAGUUGGCGACAUUCGUGCGGCAAGUCUGCAAGAAGCUAUUCGUUUCGCAUCUAGGUGGAAUCUCCUCGGUGUGGUGUCGGCAGCGGAGCCCUUGGUACUGUGUCCGCGGCUAGUCAAGGUUGUGAAGGAAUCAGGGCUCGUGUGUGUGAGCUACGGAACGCUCAAUAACGAUCCUGAAAAAGUGAAGCUCCAAGUCAACGAGGGCAUCGAUGCAGUCAUCGUUGACUCGGUCCUCGCCAUCCGCAAGGGCCUCACAGGCCCUAACCACAAAGCCGCCACCAAGUUUACUGCAAACAUUCAGAAUGGUGCACGUGACGCUAUUGUUUCAAAGGAGGGGAAAAAGCACAUAUCGAACGUAGUGGACACCAUCAACGGAGUUCCUUCAACACCUGUGAUUUUCUCCUGA